AUGAAGCAUAAAGUCAAUGUCUCAAGAUAUGGGUGGUGUCACAGUGUGACGACCCAAGUCACCCGCGGUCACACGCAUAAGGGAUUGGUUACCACCAAUUAUCAUUCAAAGCAAUAUCCUACCCUUUCACGGAUUGCACGUGACUAUUUGGCUAUUCAAGGCUCAUCUGUAGCUGCUGAACGCUCUUUUUCAGCUGGUGGAUUGACUGAUGUUCUCAAUCGUAACCAGAUGGAUCCAGAACUCUUUGGGUAUCUUCAAAUUCUCAAAGGUUGCUACAAGUCUCAACUAAUGACUGCUGCUAAUGAGGCUAAGGCUCAUGAGCCUAUGGAUUGGGAAUCUAUUUAA